UCCGCUUUCCGUUUCAGACAGGAAGUAAACAAACAGGUCAUUGGACAUCUUUGAGGAGGGAAUCAGGAGAGUUUCCAGCUGCUGCCGCGUUUAUUUGAGAAAUACUUUUUUUAAACUUUCGUUUUCCACAUACAACAUACAUAUGUAUCUAAAUUCUGUGUCUUGUUCUGGCAUAAAUUGUAAAUAUUUAUUUUCUAAAAUUUCCGUGCAAACUUAUGCUAGCUCUGAUUAUGUUCGUUUGUUAGCCAAAGCAUCCGAACUUUUUUGUUUUAUUUUACCUUAAGUUUGUGUUCAUGUUAUGCCAUUUGAUUUUUUUAUUUUAUUAAUACGGCUGCAAAGAUUUGUUACAUAAAUUAACAGUUUAGGGGUGUGCUCAGUGAUGUCAAAGUGUGUAGCUGCUGAUAGGACAUGUAGCAUCCGCCUAUGAUCCCUCACCGUCACGACGAUGGCGACGAAAAGACUGGAAAACUUCGAGGUGGUGUGUGAGUGGGCUUCCUGCGGCUUCAGCGGCCACACCAUGGAGGAGCUUAGCGAUCACAUGUCUGCGCAUCUAAAUGAAUACCUGGGAGACAACGAUGCCCUGGAGGAGCUGGAUGAGUAUGCUUGUCUCUGGAACGCCUGCGAGUUUCUGGCCAUGGGCAGCCCAGCAGAACUUGAGGUUCACGCUUAUUCCCAUAACUACCACAGUAAACUCAAGUUUGUGGGGUCUCAGCUGCUCAAGUCACGUCCCGACUUACCCAGCUGCAACCAGGGUGUGCACAGCAACAAUCUGCUGCCAGAGGGAUCCGAUGGAUAUGUUUGCCAGUGGGAGCAUUGUGAUAGCACUUUUAACAACCCUGAGUGGUUCUACCGUCACGUGAACAAUCACAUUGAAAGCACUGAGCUGCAGACUCUCUCGCAACAGCAGCAGGCGCUUUUCUGCAACUGGGCAGGCUGCGACGCCUUCUUCAAGAUCAGGUACCGGCUUAGGGAGCACAUGCGCAGCCACACUCAGGAAAGGCUUGUGGCCUGCCCUACGUGCGGCAGCAUGUUCUCCAGCAACACCAAGCUGUUUGACCACCUCCAAAGGCAGGCCGAGCCCAUAGAGUCGCUGGUGUGUGAGCAUUGUAGCAAAGCCUUUCCCAGUGAGAGACUCCUGAGGGAUCACAUCCGUCAGCACGUGAAUCAGGUCAAAUGUCCCUUCUGUGAUAUGAGCUGUACAACCUUAGCAGCUCUGAAGAUCCACAUCCGGUUCCGCCACUGUGAUGAGCGACCGUUUCCGUGUGACUUCUGUGACAAAAGAUUUAAGAACCAGCGCGACCUCCAAAAACAUACAGAGGUUCACAACGAGGGCACUGUGUUCCACUGUUCCGUGGAGGGAUGUGACUAUUCCUGCCACACAUUCCAGACCAUGAGCCACCACUUCAAGAGAGUCCACGAGGUUGGGGGGAUGUCCAAGUAUAAAUGCCACAUCUGUGGAAAGGUCUUCUCGUGGUGCUACACUCUAACGCUCCACCUGCGGAAGAAGCACGAGCUGAAGUGGCCCUCUGGACAUUCCCGCUUCAGAUAUAAGAAGGAUGUGGACGGCUUCCUAAAGGUCAAUAUGGUGCGCUUCGAGACCGUCGAGGUGACAAAGGAGAUUAUGAAGAACAUGGCCAAAAAGCCCCAGCGCCUCCGACAGAGCCAGAGAAGCAGCAGCCGCAACAGAAGAGCCGCUGUCGCACCGGAGAGCGGCAGGAGUUCACCCACAGGAUCCUCCUCGCCCUCCUCCAGCUCCUCGUCCUCGUACUCCUCAGACCUCUCUGGGGAGGACGUGUCAUCUCAAUACAGCCCCAGAGGCGGCGACUCCCCUGUGUACUGCGUGAUGAGCACCAUUGACCACUUGGAGGAAGAGGAAGCCGGGCUGCCACAGGAGGACAGCGAGGUUGGUGGGACGUCCGGGGCGGUUCAGGUGCUCACAAAGGUUGCAAGAGGCCUGGGUAUGGACGUGGUUUGACCUUACGUGGGGGUAGAUUUUGGUUUGGAGCAGUCAGUGAGGCCCAGAUGCUUCUCUCCUCUUGCAUGGAAGUCCCUGCAUUGCUGGCUUUUAAACCCUCAACUAUUGACUUUUACAGCUGCGAUUUACCUCAGCAUCAGAGUUUAGAUUUGUCAUAUGUGCUGCUGUUUCAUCUAUGAAAAAUACUGACGGCAAAUAUAGUGUCGGAGCACUGCAGAACAACGCCAUAGUUCAGUUUUGUGUUUUAUUGUUCCUGGAUAUUGCAUAGGACAUGUUUUUUAUUACAGAAUUUAAAAACUGUAUUAUACAAGAUCUUAAUUAAAUUUGAUACAAAAGCAAA